GUCAGUGUUGACAUUGAUAUACUAAACGAACAACAGUUGUUUUGUUAAUUUACAAUUUAAUAGUUUUUUUUAUCUUAUUUACUAGAAUACUGGUUCACCGACCUUCCAAAACAAUUUUUUAUAAUGUUUUUUUACCUUCCCAAUUAAACAAAGAAAGUAUAAAAAGCGUUUAUACACAACUUUUGGAAGCAAAUAGAAAUGUCUAUUGCCGAGAGUCCUUCCAAAGAUUCAGGAAAUACAAGUUUAGAAGGUAGCAUUAAUAACUUGUCAGGUGAAUUUAGUAUAUUAUCCAUGUCUCUUUGUUCAACGGUCUCUUCAACCCUGGAGCAUUUCAGAUGCGAGGGUCAUGCAGAGCACAGUCUUGCAUGUAUGAAAAAUUAUUUACAAGCAGGAAAACUCUGUGAUGUCACCCUUAUUGCAGGAUCAAAUGGAAAACGAGUACAAGCACAUAGAUUGGUGCUAUCGGCAGCAAGUGAGUAUUUUUCAGCGAUGUUUACAGGAAGUCUUAGUAAUAAUGACGAGUCAGAAAUAACAUUAGUUAAUGUAAAUGGGGAUGUAUUACAAGCAGUCGUUGAUUAUUGUUAUACAGGAUGUAUAGAAAUCAGAGAAGACAAUGUAGAAACAUUACUAUCCACGGCAUGCUUAAUGCUACUACACGAAGUUGUGGAAGCAUGUUCUAGAUUUUUAGCUCACCAAUUACAUCCUAGCAACUGUUUGGGAAUAGCAGUAUUUGCAGAACAUCAGGCUUGUUCGAGUUUACUUCAAGAAGCAAAUGCUUACACAAGUCAACAUUUCAUGCAGGUAAUCAAAAACCAAGAAUUUCUUCAAUUGAACGUUGAUCAGAUGUCUGCUCUACUUAAUAACGAUGACCUGAAUGUAACAUGCGAAGAACACAUUUUUCAAGCUCUGAUGAUGUGGAUUCAACAUGAUCCUGAGAGUAGACGUCAAUAUAUCGGACAUUUAUUGGGAUUAGUCAAGUUACCUCUUCUAACUCCUGCAUUUUUAACAGAUCAAGUAGAACCUGUAUGUGAAGGUGAUAUGGCUUGCCAAAAACUGAUAAUGGAAGCUAUGAAAUGGCACUUACUACCUAAACGUCGUCUUCAGAUGUCUAGCGCAAGAACUAGACCAAGAAAAGCAACGUUAGGAAAAUUAAUCGUAGUCGGAGGCAUGGAUAAAAAUAAGGGUGCUACAACAAUAGAAAGUUAUGAUCCAAGAUGUGAUGCUUGGGUAGUAGCGCAUCACAUGAAUGGAAGGAGGUUGCAGUUUGGAAUAGCACUUAUGGGAGAAAAAUUAUUGAUAGUCGGUGGUAGAGAUGGCUUAAAAACGUUAAAUAGCAUGGAAUGUUUGGAUAUGGAAAGCGGUCAAUGGGCACAACUCACCCCUAUGAACACUCACAGGCACGGUUUGGGUGUAGCAGUUUUAGGAGGUACUUUAUAUGCUGUCGGCGGUCAUGACGGAUGGAGUUAUCUCAAUACGGUCGAAAGGUGGGAUCCUUCGUCUCGUAGCUGGCAAUAUGUCGCUCCGAUGCAAAAUCAACGGUGUUCUGCCGGUAUGGGGGUUUUAGGAGGUAAAUUAUAUGCCGUUGGUGGUCGGGAUGGUGCUUCAUGUCUUCGUACUGUCGAAUGUUACGAUCCUCACACUAACAAAUGGACUAUGGUAGCUCCUUUGUCUAGGAGAAGAGGUGGAGUUGGUGUAGCUGUAGCUAAUGGAUAUUUGUAUGCUAUGGGAGGACAAGAUGCUCCUGCUAACAAUCCAGCCGCAUCUAGAUUUGAUUGUGUCGAAAGAUAUGAUCCCAAUACGGAUUCUUGGACACAAAUGGCGUCUCUGUCGACUAAACGAGAUGCAGUUGCAGCUUGUCUAUUUGGUGAUAAAUUAUUUGCUAUAGGAGGUUACGAUGGUAGCCAUUAUCUUCGUACUGUCGAACAAUAUGAUCCGAAUACUAACGAGUGGAAUACGUUGGCGCCGCUAAUAACGGGACGCGCCGGCGCAUGCGUUAUCGCAGUUAAUAAUAGUGUACAAAAUAAGGAAUAAUUAUGAAUUUAAUAUUGUUUAUUUUGAAUGAGUACAGUUUGAUGAAACCGUAUACGACAUUGAUAAAUAUGGAUAAUGGUAAGAUGAGACACCCAGUUCAAGUUUCGGUCACUUUUAUUUCCUUACAUUUGCUUAUUUUCUUUUUUCAAGAAAAAAAUUUACAUUAACCCAUCUAGUACACGUGAAACAAGUUUUUUAAUAAAAUUUUUGCUUUGUUCAUCAUGAUAGUUGCUUUUUAGAGUGAUACAAACAGUCCAGGGCUUUUCCCACCUUUUUUUCCAUUGGAAUCAGAAUAGGCUUCUGUUCUAACGAUGAAUUUCUCAUUUGAAUGAUAUUUCUUUCAUUAGAUCUGAAAACAGUCAGUAGUCACUAGGAUCCAGAUCUGGAAAAUAUAGUGGAUGUGGAAGCAAUUCGGAAAUUCAAUUAAUUGCAUUUAUUUUUUAUAUAUAAUAUGUAGUACACAAAAAACAAGGAUUUUAUUCACAUUUUGUUUAUAAUAUGUCUUCUUUCUAGAGUGAUACAAUCAGUCCAGGGGUUUUAUCACUUCUCUAUAUCAUUUUUCUUUGUCUCACAAAAGGCUUCUAUUUUAGCGAUGACGUGAAUCCAUCCAUUCAGGUUUGAAACUAGCCAAUAGUCGCUGUUGCAAUCGCCUCUUUUCCACGUUGAGGAUCGUCAAUGCUUAUAAACUCCACAUAAAAGUCAUUAAAGGUUAAUUUUCCCGAAGAAAAUUCACCAAGCCUUUUCCUCAAUGAUAUUUUUUCCAAGAUGAGUAUCUAGGGAGUUUCUAAUACUUAAAUAAGAUUAAAUAGGAUUUGUCGCAAGAGAAGACGCCAUUACCUUAACUGGUAGCCCUAAAACUAUAAAAAACUAGGUAAUUUAGAAGUUAACCUAUCUAUCAAUACAUCCAGGGGUCCAAAAUUUAUGUAAAAUCGGCCUCUGUUUCAGCGAUGACUAUCGUUUGUAUAUUUUUUUCAUUAAGUUUGAAAACAACCAGUAGUCGCUAGGAUCCAGAUCUGGAAAUCACAGUGGAUGUGUAAGCAACACGAAAAUCCAAUUGCUUUUAUUUUUUAUGAAUGGUAUAUAGUACAUAAAAAAUUUUAAAUAUUUCGGACCCGUAGUGUCUACAAAAGUUGAAAUGUAAAUUUUCUUUUCAGACCAAGUCAUAUUUAGCCAAAAGUGGUUGAAGAUUUGCUGCCUAUCUUCUUCGGUGAAUAUUCGACACUAUGUUUCAUUUCACAAGGUGGUGUUGCUACGUCAAUUGUUCAUUUUCCCUCUAGAUAUUUUCUAAACCCAAAAUAUUUUUCACCCUUGAUCUUGCUUUCUUUCCUCUUCCAGGUUCCUGUGUCAGGUUUUCUUUUUGUUUGUAUGUAUCUUUCUUUGAUGUUCUCGACUAAUAUAUCAUUGUUUUCUUGUACACAAUCUCCCUCACCCAUAUCAAGAUAUCCAUAUUCGUUCUCUUCAUAUUCACUUUCUGAACCAAUCUCAUUUGGUACAAAAUUUUGAUCGUUAUCAUUACCAUAAAGAUCCCUGAAGAAUCAGCCUCUGUGGUAUCAAUAUCAUGUAGCUGUGGUUCAUUUUGCAUAGUAUUUAUUUAUUUAUUUCAUUUGUUAUAUUUACAGCUGAGAUAAAGAAACACUCAUAAAAACCAAGAAAAAAACAAAAAACCCCAAAUUUUGAAUCAAUUGGCGAGGCGUAGGAUUACUGAGUGUAUUGGAUUAUCGAGUAUCUACUGUAUUUGAUAAUUUUAAGUAUAAAUACGUUUCUGUCGUAUAUGGUUUCAAAUUAACAACAAUGAGCUGUUAAAAAAUGUUACUUUUGUUUCAAACUAAUUUAAAUGUCGAAAAACAUACAACUUUAUAAUUACGAACAUAUUUUGACAUGCUUUUAUAUCAUUUUUCCUUGUUACUACUUCGUUUUAAAGUGAAUACUUUUUCUAUUAAAAUUUUUGUUACACCAUCAUCUCUCUUUCCAACCAGUUUUAUUUCUUUGCAUUCCUGCUAUAUUUCGUCUUAAUUUCAAUUCAUUUCAGUUUUCAUCUGACUCUUUCACUUUGUGGUGAUUCAAGGGUCGGCGUGUGGUAUAGAAGGGCGAGGGCCUUCGAUCAGCGGGAACAUAAUAAAACCACAUCCUCAAAUCACUGGUAUAUUUUCAACUUACACAUUUAAUAAUGCUUACACUAUAUUAUGUUUACUGACCUCUGACAACACGUUGAUCAGUGAGUACAUUGAUUGCAAUGUCACUGUCGACAACUACACGUGUGUGUCUAUAUCUAUCUCUCUAUUUGCUGAUUCUCAUAUGUAUACAAAUAGUAAUGUUACUGUUUAUAAGGUGAACGUUAUAUAGAUACGAGGAUUAUUAUGUUGCUAUAUUCUAAUGGUACGUGUGUUUUUAUUGAGUUGAAAUGUACGUUUAUUGAUUUAUUGUGGUUUACAGUUAACCUCACUCUCGUUUACCAACCAUCACAACUACUUUUAUUCAGGGCCGGAUUAAGAUUUAUAAGGCCCGGGGCUAAAAUAAUGACGGGGCCCCCUUAAGGAAUUCGAAAACCCGGAAAAAUUCACAAAAUAAUAUCAAUACGUUAGAUUUGUGGUAUCAACACAUCAAAAAAUACAGAAUGAUUUCCAAAUGAUGAGGCCCUCUUGAACCUGGGGCUUUAGCCCCCCAAGCCCCUAGCUUAAUCCGGCCCUGCUUUUAUUAAAUUUUAAUUCCAGUUGCUUCUAUUCUGCUUCCCCCCUCUCAUUUAACUCAUACAUUUGAUGCACUUCCUGAAUUAGGUACUUGUUUUAAUUUAAAAUGACAUAGUGAUAUAUACUAUUUAAAAUCUCGAUCUUUAUACUAUUUUGGAAGUAUGGCAACGUUGUUUAAAGGUGAUAAUAUCCAUGAUAUAAUGUCAGACAAUUUGGUUAAUUUUUUUUUCGAGGACCACUUGAGUCUCCAUUAUUGUAGCUUAAUGUAUUACAUCACGUGUUUUUACUGUUUAUUUCCUUUAGUUUUUUUCAGAUUUUAGAUUGUUUGAGAUUUCUAGAUGUGUUUGCCACAUUGCAUAUUUUUUAAACGGCUCAUAAUUGUCCUCAAUAUAAUCCAAUAAAAUUGUGAUUUAAAUUACUAUACGAAAGAAAAACUUUUUUAUUCACUUAUAUGUUGAUUUUAGCAUAAAUUUCAAGAAUAACUUUUUAUGAAAAUUGGUCAAAAUAUCAGCUUUGAUAACUUUUGACGUAUUGGCCAGAUAUUUGUACUAAACGAUUUAAGGGUAUCUUUAAAAAUUUAUAAAAAAUCCAAAAAAGUGAUUUUUUACCUUAAUCAAAGUGAAACAAAUAAUUUAUUCGAUAUUUAUGAACAUUUAUAUUUUUAAAUAAUGUAAUUCUUCACUUCUAUGGCAAUACAAAUAUUAUGUCUUAUCUAUGUACGAUAGAAAAUACUGCAACAGGAACUUUUGUUGAUGAUACAGUCAUUUUACCAGUCACAAAGAUCCACCUCACCUCCAACACCACCUAAACAUCUAAAAAGAUUGUACGUGGAAGUGAAAAUUUAAACUGUACAAAGAACAUUCAGUUUUUCUAACAACCACUAUAAAAAAUGUAAAAAUACAUGGUCAAAAAGAUGAACGAAUGAAUUGAAAUUUGAGCUUCAAAAAGUUAUUUUAGUUCCAGUCCAGAACUCCUCUAUCCAUUAGAUCUCCAUGUGCCUCCACCUUCCAGUAUAGAACACCUCUAUAUAUUAGAUCUAUUUGUACCUCCACGUUUCAGUCCAGAACUCCUCUCUCCAUUAGAUCUCUUUGUACCUCCACGUUCCAGUCCAGAAUUCAUCUCUCCAUUAGAUCUCUUUGUACCUCCACGUUCCAGUCCAGAACUCCUCUAUUCGUUAGAUCUCUCCUUGUGCCUCCCAUUGCACAUAUCAUCUCUUUUUGUGUCUCCCUUUUUUUCGUGUUCCUGUCAUAUUUAUAUGAGACAUUUUCUUUGCUGUUCUUGUUUCUGGUAUUCUUUCAAAGUGUCCCAGACAUCCUAGUCUCCAGGAUCUUAUAAUUUCGCUAAUUUCUUAUUCUUCAGACUCUUUAUUUCCUUGUCUGUCCUUUUCCAUAUGUCUUCCGUUUUCACUUUCCCAAUUUAUUUUUCUCCUUUUUAUUUAGUUUCAACCUUUCGCUUGUAUGAAGUACUGUCGGUUAAUUAUAAAUUUUUUAAACAUAUGCCAAAAUCAACUUAUAUUGAAAAAUUUAAGUCUGCCUUUCAUAUUGUAAUUCGAAAUUUCAUUUUAUUGCUCAACUUGUAUGUUUUUCAUCAAUUUUUUUUUUAUAUUAAGGAUAUUUUAAACCAAAAGACUGAUAAAAUCCGGUCGCAUUUAUUUAUAAGUAUUAAGGCUGAAAGUGUACUAAAUAAUGCCUAUUUUACAGGAAUACUCGAUAGCCUAACAAAUGGAAAAGGAAGAAAUGAAAAUUUUGUAUUCAUCAACUUUCUGUUCAUCGAGUUCUGUUUUAAUGGUUUCAGCUAAUAUUAAAAUUUUAUCUACAAAUUUAUUGACAUAUAUCAUUUACUAUUGCCUUGAAGAGGGUUAAUCAAUUCAAUUAUCAAUGCAAAUAUUGAACUUCUCCUGUCUUCAGACUAUUUCAUAACACUAAAGAAUAGAAUUUCACCACUGAAAUCAAAAUCAUAGGACACUUUAUUAUUUUGUUUCUGAUGUCAAACACAAGAAUAUCUUGAUUCUUCUAACAAGAAAUAUUUCAAUACCCGGUCAAGUAAAGCAAAAAAAAGUUUUCCAACCAAAUUUUGUUUUAUUCAUUAAAAUACAUUCCUUAGAGAGUCUAUUUCAAUACGGCUUUCUCAUGGGAUUGAAAUUUCUUUCCUUGGAGCAGCUUUUCAGAUCCUUUGUAAUCGCUUGGGACUAAAUCUGGAGUUUAUGGUUGAUGUAGAAACAAUUCAUAACUUUGAGAAAGAAAAUCUAUUAUUUUUGUUCUACAUUUGGAAAGAAGAAAAUAGUGUAAACACUUUCACAUGAUAUCUUUGUCAUGUUUCUAAAUGUCAAUUGGCAGUUUUCCAUCACAAUUUUAAGGAAUUGUUUCAUCUCCUUAUACCAAUCAAUUAUAGUUGACGUCCCCAAAGAAAAGUCACCAUAACACUUUUCGAGCCAAACAUUUACCAUAAUGGUUAAACAGUUAAUAGCUGCCGUUUGAAAGAUGGUACUUGAAAGAGAAAAAUAGGAUUUGUAGUGACCUUUAUCCAUCAAAAUUGAUCGAUGGUACAAAUAUCUGAUCUCUGUUAGGUCCCAGGAAGAGAUACUCUGAUACUUCUUUAUCAGUGGUAAUUGGUGCAGGCCAUGUUGUCAUCUACUUAAUGUUUUUUCUUAAUAAAGAGGAAUUCCUUCCUUCUUUCAGACAACAUUAUUUUGAUUAUUGAGUCCUCGACUAUUUAUUCCUAGAAUUAGAUUUUCAGCUACCAAUUUUGUACAAACAAGCGUUGUCCAAAAAAAAUUCAAUUUUAGCAUAUAUAUGUGUAAGUUUCCUGUAAAAUCAGCAUUGUGUAAUUUUGACAUUAUUUACCGGUUCAGUCACCCUGAAUAUAUAAAAUAUAAACUUUAAGAUGUGCUAAAUAUCUUAUCUACAUUUAUAUACUUAGUUGUAAUAUUCCUCCUUUAGGUCCUUUCAUUGAUUCCGACAGAUAUCUGCAGUAGUAGUAAUUAUAGCCUACUAUAAACUAUAAUUCAUUUUAGCACUUUUCUUCACAGCUGUGACUUUUCCUCCAAUGUUUUUGUGAAAAUGGAGAAAAAUUUAUCCAUUAGAUAUUUUUUCACAAAAUCAGGGCAACAAUAGGUUUCUACUACAGUCAUAAUUUCACUUUCUUUCCUCUUUUUACCCUACUGGUAUUCAAUGUAUCACUAUAUAUUUAUAUAGUCUCCUCACUCUUCAUGCUUGUUUCUUUUAGAUUCCUCUUAAUAUGUCUUCACCUUCCUUCUUUAAUAUUCAUGUCUCCUAUGUAUGUUAUUUUUUCUUAACGGAUACUCUUAUGCUUCCAAACUUUUCUGCUUCAGCUAAACAUAAAUUAUUUGUCUCUAGUUGAUAUAAGGGACAAAUUAUAUUCUGUUAUUUCUCUUCUUCCAAUUUUCUUAUUGCUUCUUUAAUGUCUCUAUCAGAGUUAUGCCAUCUACAAAAACUAGACGUUAAUCAUUUUAAAUGCGAAAGUAGACAGUUUAUUGGAAUAUUCUUAUAAAAUAAUUUUAGUGCCACAGAUUUAGCCUGACGCAGAUCUAGGAUAAAAUGAUGCAGACAUAAACACUAUAGAGUUAAUCAUCGGAGUGAUUGAAAAGACCUAUCAGUAAAUGAUUUUUAUUUUAUUUAAAUUCAAAAUUUAAAAUUAAAUUUAAUGAUUGUUGUAACGGCUAAUUUUUAUAUGGGAUCGUUUGAUACCUAAAACGUUUUAUUGAUUUGAAAAGAAGUUCCUCUUCAUCAAAAGUGAAUCGUCUAAAUAUAUACAUCCGAAGAUUCUUUUACAUAAUUUGUUUGAGGCAUUUAUUUGUAAAAGUUUUGGGUGAGCAAGCUCCAAUCCAAAUGUGUCUCAAGUGAAAACUGUAAAAGGAAAAUUUUUGGGUUAUUAGUAAAUAUUGAUGACAAGAAUUUUAGACAACCUAAAUCAAUCAUUUUUUUUUAUAUUUUACACAUUGGGACAAUUAUUUAACUGUGUGUUCCAAACUGGAUUAGUUUAAUUUUUUUUGUGUCAAUAGCAAUAAAAUUUAAUCAUACAUAAUCCCUUUGAACAAAAUCUCAAUCGUUUCUGUGAUAUAUUUUGUUUCCAUUUUUUUUAUUAUUCGGAAAAUGUUAGAUGUUUAAGAUAAAUAUGUGAUAAAACCUUUGCAACAGGGCUCGUUCUGGUAACCAAAAAUGUAAUUUAAAAAAAAAUAAAUGUUUUUGAAUCAA